UCUGAACUACAAAUGCUAUUAGGUUUUGCCGGACGAAACAAAUCAGGUCGUAAAAACGAAUUGCAACAAAGAGCUUUGGAACUUUUGCACGUCCGUUCUCAUCCGAUUCAUCAGAAAAUCAGAGACUUAUAUAAAACCAUUCAACAAAGCGGUGCUUUGAACAAUUCCUCUGCAAAUCAAUCCGGUAACGAUUCACCAUCUUUAAGUAUGCCACAACAACAGGGCAAUUCCUCAAGGACGACAGCAACUGUACAUCCAUACAACGUUGAUGCCCGUCAAAUGUCUAUUCAUUUCUGAAUUAUUAAAAUACUUGAUUAUGGAACCUACAGUAAAUCAAAAUCAAGAGAGAUACACCAAUGUCUGCGCAGUGAAAUACUGCACUAACGUGUCCCAGACACCUAAUGACAACUUCUUUCGGUUCCCAAGAGAAGUUACAAGAUUCAAGCAAUGGACCAAAUUAUGCGAUUGUGAACAUUUAUUACACACAGUUCCAUCAUUACACUCCUCAAUAUAUAGAGUAUGUAUCCUGCACUUUGACAACUCCAUGUUUGUAAAAUCGAAAUCGCUUAAACGGAAACUUAUACAAAACAGCUUCCCAAAUAAAAAUUUGCCAAGUAUACCGCCAAGAACUCUUCAAACAUCAUUACCGGUUACCACACCAUCCACUACACAAACAAAUGGCACUUCUAUUAAUCACCAAACCGAUCCAUCUUCAACUACUGUGGGAAAAAAGAGAGGAAGACCACAACGGAGUUGUACUGUUUCAAAUACACGCCAAGCAGCUAUCUACAAUCAGAAUAUCUACCAGCAAUAUCAACACUAUGCUCAAAAACAACAGCAGCAACAGCAACCUGUUAUGAGCAAUAAUUAUCCUGUGCACCCGGAUGUCAAAUUUAAGAGACUUCCAUUUUUCGACGUCCUCGCCGAUUUAUUGAAACCAUCGUCAUUGGUCCCUCAGAAUAAUCAACGAAUACAAGAGAGUCAGUUUUAUUUCCACUUAACUCCACAGCAAGCGACUGAUGUUGCAAGUUCUCGAGACAUACGUCCCGGAUCAAAAUGUGAAUACAUUAAACAAAUUCAGCUACGAUUCUGCUUGUUGGAAACCACAUGCGAACAGGAAGAUUAUUUUCCACCGAACGUGGUGGUUAAAGUAAACAAUAAAUUAUGUCCUCUGCCUAAUCCUAUUCCCACAAAUAAGCCUGGCGUUGAACCAAAACGUCCACCUCGGCCUGUUAAUAUUACACCAAUGGUGAAAUUGAGCCCGACCGUUGCAAAUGCUAUCCACGUAUCGUGGGCCGCAGAUUAUACUCGUGGUUAUACUAUUACAGUAGCCUUAGUUCAUAAACGUAAUUCUAACGAUCUCUUACAAAGACUGAAAAGUAGAGGCAUGAAACACUCUGACCACACUCGCGGUCUUAUCAAAGAAAAGCUAAAUGAAGAUGCGGACUGUGAAAUUGCAACGACAUGUCUGCGUGUUUCGUUAAUGUGUCCCUUGGGUAAAAUGCGCAUGAGCACACCAUGUCGAUCAAUCACAUGUCAGCAUUUACAAUGUUUCGAUGCGUCCCUAUUUUUACAAAUGAACGAACGUAAGCCUACUUGGAGCUGCCCUGUUUGCGAUAAGCCUGCACUGUACGAUAAUUUAGUUAUUGAUGGGUACUUUCAAGAUGUACUUAGCUCAUCGAGUGCCGAAGUUAGCGAAAUACAGUUGCAUAAAGACGGUUCUUGGAGUACACAAAUAGCUGAAAAGAAACCUGCCGCACGUGUUGAAAAGGUUACCGACGAUUCUAUUGAAAUCAUUGCGGAUGACGUAGUUCUUGUUUCAGAGGUGGUUAGUUCUGUGACGAAUCCAGUCGAAUCGUCUUCAACUAACAACAACACCGAGAAACCGAAAGAUGAGACAGCAGCGCCGAAACCCAACGAGGUUUUGGUCGAUUUAACAUGCUCCGAUUCCGAGGACGAUGAGCCUCUAGCGAAACGCAGGGCCCUUAAUCCGAAACCUGAUUCCACAAACAAAUUUUCUGAUGCUACUAGUGUGUCCUCCAGUAGUAAUCAAUCUCGAGUGACUUCCACGCCUGGACCAUCAUCUGUCUCAAGUUCAGGAUAUCCGGCUAGUCCCUCUGUCAUCAAUUUAGACAGCCCGUCGCCGCCGAGGUCUCCACAAAAUUCGAUGUCAACACAACCUAUUGUAUCGCAACCUUCAUCCUGCAUGAUGAUGUCUAAUGGAACUGGCGCCGUAGAUCCCUUAAGUACGAUCUCCAAUAAUUCCGUGUCGAUGCCAUUCCUCGAUUUGGAAAGUGAAACAAGUAACACGCCACUGUUCAACUUGAGCAUUGAUCUAUGAAAUGAGCGAAUAAUAAAUCAAUUUUGAUUGCGUGUUUUAAGAUAACUUUGUGUAUUUAUUUAAAAGUAGGCCCUAUUUGUAUUCAUUCACUUCUGAACAUUUUAUUGUUUUAAGGUACCUCCACCAUGUAGUUUAUAUAUUUGGUUGAGGUGUAGAUUCAUUAUAUCAGUUGAUAGUUUUAUAGUGUUACACAUAUGACGUUUAUUUAGUUUUCUUUUUUGGGAAAAUUUUUAGUACAACUGAAUUCAUAACUCAACGUUUACGUAAUGUUUAUUUUUUUAUUGUCACCCACACUUUGUCGAAUAAACUGUUGUACUUUA